GCUUAUCUUGACCCUGUUGAUACCUGCAACGCAAAAUUACACGCGUUAUCUCGUUGGAAGAGAAGAUUUAUUGGAAGGUCGUAGGCUCAUCUUGAAAACACGCAAUGGAGAACGAAGAAAAUACACUUCUCACCGGUCAAUCACAACAAAAUGGCGUCGUUCAGCCACUUCUCACCGAUCUCUACCAAAUAACAAUGGCCUAUGCAUAUUGGAAAUGUGGGAAAACAAACGACUUUGCAACCUUUGACCUCUUCUUCAGGAAGAAUCCUUUUCACGGCGAAUUUACAAUUUUUGCGGGUCUAGAAGAAUGUCUCAAGUUCAUCAAAAAAUUUAAAUACACAGACAGCGAUAUCGAAUAUCUUCGAUCGGUCAUGCCGGAAUCUGUGGAACCAGAAUUUUUCACAUAUUUACAAGGACUCACGGCAAAAGAUGUUACUCUGUAUGCUAUUGAGGAAGGUUCCGUGGUCUUUCCCAGAGUUCCAAUGAUAAGAACAGAGGGACCAUUGAUAAUGGUACAGCUGCUGGAAACAACCUUGUUAACAUUGGUGAAUUACGCAAGUUUAAUGGCCACAAAUGCAUCGCGAUAUCGUAUGGUGGCUGGUAAACAAGUAUCUCUGUUUGAAUUUGGUUUACGGAGAGCUCAGGGACCCGACGGAGGGCUCAGUGCUUCCAGAUACAGUUAUAUAGGUGGAUUCGAUGGUACGAGCAACGUACUCGCUGGGAAGUUAUUCGGUAUUCCGGUUAAGGGAACUCACGCACACGCUUACAUCAGCUCUUUCACCGGUAUUGAUGACCUUAAAAUAACCACAAUGGCGCACAAGGAAACCGGGGAAGUGCACGAUCUUCUUCAAAUGUCGACGAAAUAUCGAGAUGCGAUAGCCUCGGAUUUGGAGGCACUCGUUACAGAAGCUUCGGAAGGUGAAUUUGCGGCUUUGAUCAGUUUCGCAAUAGCAUUUCCGGAAGGUUUUAUGGCACUCGUCGAUACUUACGAUGUCAAGAGCACACGAAAAACAUCGGGCGACCAACAGUCACACGUAGACGGAGCAAACGUAAAGAGUAAAAUUUUAACGAACGUGGCCAAGACUAAACAGUUCCAGAAUAAUGCGAAAACAGCAUCAAUUAAAAGUGAACCAACACCACUUGGCAAGAAUGGCUUUUUAAGACGAGGCGAAUUGGGCGAUCUCUGUGUGAGGAGCGGAUUGCUGAAUUUCUGUGCGGUUGCACUGGCACUCGGAGACCUCGGUUACCGGCCGGUUGGUAUUCGCAUCGAUAGCGGCGAUCUUGCAUAUUUGAGUCACGUUGCCAGAGAGACAUUCGAGAAAUUGGCUAUCAAAUUCAACGUGCCCUGGUUUGCUCACCUCACCAUCAUGGCCUCCAGUGAUAUCAACGAAGACAUUAUUAUCAGCCUUAACGAACAGGUGCUUGGCACACAGAAUCACAGAAUCGAUUGCUUCGGAAUUGGAACCCAUCUCGUAACUUGCCAGAGACAACCAGCCCUCGGUUGCGUUUACAAAAUGGUCGAAAUAAACGACAAGCCGAGAAUCAAGCUCAGCCAGGAAGUCGGAAAAGUCACAAUGCCGGGGAAAAAGAACGCCUAUCGUUUGUACGGUGGCGAAGGUCACGCACUCGUUGAUUUGCUUCAAAGUUCUUCGGAGCCGGCGCCGGAAACUGGCCACAAAAUCCUCUGUCGACAUCCGUUUGAAGAAUCGAAGAGGGCUUACGUCAUACCUAGCAGAGUCGAGGCACUGCACAAAGUAUACUGGAAAGAUGGAAAAAUUCAUCGUCCAUUGCCAAGUCUACACGAUAUUCGUAAUCGAGUGCAAAAGUCUCUGGAGACACUGAGAAGCGAUCACAAGAGAAGUCUCAAUCCAACACCUUACAAGGUUGCUGUCAGUGAUCAACUGUACGAUUUCAUCCACGAUUUGUGGCUACAGAAUGCUCCGAUCGGCGAGUUAUCCUGAAUCAUUAAACAUUUCGUAAUACCAGCACGAUACCGUAUCGAUGAUUACGAGACAAGUUUUGUCGGACAAGACAGAUUGUACCUGACUUUAUGGGUAAAAAAGAAGAAUAAAGUUGUAAAAUACGUUGCUCUCUGCCUCGCUUCGCACGGCUAACGGUCGUGUAUUAAAGGGCAAAAAUUACAUUUCCGAUAAAAAAAAAUAAAACAUCACGAAAACAAAUUAUAAAUUGAGUUUUCGGUGUAAUUCAGAGAGCCAAUUAAAGAGCGUUAUCAGGAAAACUGAAUGAUAAAUUAAAAAAAAAAAAAAAAGAAGAAAAAAAAACAUUCGUCUCAUUUUGUACGCUAAAUUUUAAAAAUUUAUGUACUACGAAAUCGAAAGUAAUAUUAUUCUUGAUUUGAAGAAUUCGAAGUUGAACAAAUUUCACGUCCCUAACAAUAAAUCUAUUCGGAUCUAGUCAAUCCUAUUUUAGUUAUUCACCGUUUGAAUUAUUGUUGAUCAAACGAUUGGACUUUCGAAUCAUGUCUCAAGUACAAAUUGUACAAAUAUACAUAUAUCUACAUAUAUAUAGAUAUAUAUAUAUACAAUUAUGGCGGAUAUCAUUGUUGAAGAGAAUGAAAAAACAUUGUGCAUAAUUAUUAAUAUUAGUAAACGUUCGUGUUCCGCGCUCUUGUACACUGUUUUUUAUGAUCUUGAAAUUUGGUUGACGUUUGAUUUUUUUAUCUCGAAAUCGACCAAAAAUAUCUGUCAGGCUUGUGGUAUUAUGAGCAAAAAAUGGAUCAAAAUUAUAGAAAUCGUCGGUAGAUCCGAACGAUGGCAAUUUGAAGUUUAUAAUUAUAAACGUCGUACUGCGAAACAUUAUUUCUGAGAAUUUGUAAACAUUUAUUCAGUUUUUCGAUAUUUUGUAUAUGUUGUUGCGGAAAAAAGCAGAAAAUUUUUGAUUCGUACGAGUAAUUGAUCGCUUGUAACAUCCAAUAUUAAAAUUAUUCAAAAACAUCAAGUUAUUUUUAUUUUAAAAAAUUUUUUUGCGGUGGAGUUGCAGUGUUAUUUUUUACUUAGGAACGAUCAAUAGAAUUUGUACAGGUUUUAAAAAUUUCAUAUUUUAUGGAGCAUCGUUUAAGCAGUCCUUCGAAAUGAGUAUUUAGAGAGCAAGAAUAGUUUUAUAUCAUGUACAGCACAAAUGUUUAACAAACGCGCAAACCUUACAAUUAUUCGGUUAUUAUUUUUCAUGAAAUAUCCCGUAAAUUUGCAAAAAUGCCUUCAUAUAAAAGCAUGUUAUUGAAUGAUACACAUUUAAUCGUCGAGUUUACAAAAUAUUUAAGACAGAAGUAGCUAUAUUUACGAUAUUUUUUCACCACAAUGCAAAAGAGGAAAAAUGUCUAUGUAUAGCGUCGCUAGAUUGUAUUGAAACUUGUUGGUAUAGUUAUGAAAUCUAUGUGCUUUUUGGUAGCUAAUAAAUUAUUAUUCAACCACGAAA